UGCUGUUGCGCACAAGGCGCAACUGCUGCGCGCUUGGCGCUCCUGUCGCUGGGAGUGUGUGCACUCCGGCCAGUUCUGAUGGAUAAAUGCAGAGAGGCAGCCGAGUCCCAAGUGACCUGCUUCCGAUUUACUACGUCUGCAGAGACAGUAAUGAUGUUCCGUUCGAGGAUCUGAAGUCUGGUGCGCGGAUGAGUUUUGGACUGCAUGCGCAACAGCUUAGACAGAAGAAACACGAUCUGGUGGACUGGUUGCAAACCACCCAGGAUGGUUUAACUUUGCCGCCUAUUUACUUUUUAUUUUCUUUGUGUUGUUUAUUUAUUUUUUUCCUAUUCUGAGUUCAUUUUGGAGAGGUCUUUUUGUGGGAGUUUUUGUGUGGCUCUGCAUGGAGCCGAUAUGAUUUUGCGCACUGGAAGUUUAGCCCUGCUACCCUGAACUCUCCAUCUUUUUGCGCUUUCACCCCCCACUUUUACAACCAAGUCUGCAGGAGGACCAAGGCACGAAAGAGCAAAUGGCCAGCGAGCGCAAACCGCGGCUCUGCAUCAUGGCAAAGGGGGAGAACGGGUAUGGGUUUCACUUGCACGGCGAGAAGGGGAAGAGCGGCCAGUUUAUCCGCAAAGUAGAGUCGGGCUCCCCUGCAGAAGCGUCGGGAAUGCUGGCCGGGGACAGGGUGGUCGCGGUGAACGGAGUGAACGUGGAGAGAGAGACGCACCACCAGGUGGUACAGCGGAUCAAGGCGGUAGAAAACGAGACCAGGUUGCUGGUUGUUGAUCAGGAAACAUACGAAAGCCUCCGCAGCCUGCAUCUCACACCCACAGAGGAGAUGGCCGUCCUCGGGACCGAGGCUCUUCCUGCUGUUCCGUCGCCCCCAGCCUCCCCCCCGUCGGCGCCCUCCUCGACGCCUUCCUCCCCCAUCAAGAAGCGCCAGAACGGCUCCGUGUCCAAGCAGAGCGGCCAGAUGCAGAAGCCCACCAGGAGGUCACCUUCGAAGGCUGCGAAGAAGGAGGCACCAACAGAGGUGGAGACUCAGCCUGAGCCCCAGGACCAGUCCCCACCCCAGGCUGACCCGUCUGAGCUCGCUCCACGUCUGUGCCACCUGACCCGGUCUGCGGGGGGAUACGGCUUCAACCUUCACAGUGAACGGUCGCGGCCCGGCCAGUACAUCCGCUCCCUGGACCCGGGCUCGCCCGCCGAACGCGCCGGACUGCGACCACAAGACAGGCUAGUUGAGGUGAACGGCGUGAACAUCGAGGGCAUGAGGCACACAGAAGUAGUGGCCUUCAUAAAGAAAGGGGGAGAGCAGACCUGGCUGCUGGUGGUGGAUCCAGAAACGGACGAACACUUCAAGAGAAGAGGCGUGAUCCCCACGAUCAGCCACGUCAAAGACUAUGACGGUCCCUCCAUAUCCAACGGCUCCCCCGGCCCUCAGGUCAACGGCAGCUCCACCACCCAGUCCAUCAGGUCAACGCGCUCCGAUCUCAGCAGCCAGGGCAACAGCACGCAGCUGGCGGACGACGACGGCAGCCAGCUCAUGGACCCUUUCGCUGAGAUCGGCCUGAGACUCAGCGCCACGGCGGCGGAGGAGAAGAUGAAGAUCCAUGCCAAGGAGAAGAAGAAGGCGCCACAGAUGGACUGGAUGAAGAAAUAUGAGCUGUUCAGCAAUUUCUAAGACUUCGUUUCUUGCCUCGCGAGACUCCAGAGACCAAAGGACAGCGUUCUCUAGUUCCCUCCAAGAUGGCCUAUCACUUUUUCCUCUAAAUCAACUAUUUGAUUCACCCUCCUCCGAGAGACUCGCAAUAGCAGCUAUUUUUGUAUCCGAAAAAACCACGAACAAAGAUAAAUAAGCCGCAUCCCUUGGUGGAAAGCCUUCUCCGGAGGUCAAUGGACACUGUGGCAUGAAUUACGGUGGAUUUUGAGGGAGUUUUUUUUUUUUUUUUCAAAAACAGCCCGUGGAUGCCUGAAGCAGGCGACAGAAUCACUGUGAAAGACUUUGCCCUGAUCCCAUGCAGAAAAAAUGUCCGACCCAGAAAAGAAACGCCUUUGUCCUAAGUGUAUUUUUACAUACAGUAGUAUAUCAUCAUUAAUCAUAAUCGUCAGUUAAUGUGCGCCUGUUUGCAAUACAUGAAUCACUGCUUUAUGCUCUAACCACCAAUAUCUCCUUAUCAGAAGAGCUCACACGAUAAAGGGAGUGACCACUAGCUUUAAAAGUUUAGACGGGAACAAUGUGAAGGAGCUCUGUGUUUAUAGGCAGGAUGUGAUUUGAUGCUUGAUGUUUACAGCACGAAAAAAAAACAGAGGCCUUUUUGAAGCUACUAAACUAACAGAAUCCGAUUUUUGGACGUUGAUCCACCUUACACGAUUACAGAGAAACAUUGAUCAGAAGAAGUUAGAGUGACGGUUGGAAAAAAAAUCAGGCAAACUUAAAAGUCAACCUCAAAGUGGUUUUAAUGUGAAAGAUGCAUUAUGUGUUGAAACGUUUUGUCUGUUUUUCUAAGAACUCGUGGAAGCAACAUUUAAUUGCUGGCCAAGUAGCGCUCUACUAAUAAUUCAGUAUUAAUUAUUAUUGUUUUGUUUUUUUCUUUUAUAUUAGACUCGUGAAGCAGGUAGGAUUGUGAAGGGUUCGCCUUUUUUUUUUCCUCUCACUACUAAAUACAUGGAGUCAACCAGACUGUCUCAGAUUUUAUUGUAAGUCUUGUUUUACGGGCAUAAAGAUGUGUGAAAAGCCUUAGAAUAAAUCUCUUAUUGCUGUAUCACUGAAAAGUU